AUGGGGAUCCCACAGAAGAUCUCGAACCCUCGCAGAAUUUUGGCUGUGGCGCUGGACGCAAACACAGAGCUGUUAAGCCGCGUCGUCCAGGACCUGACGGGCAAACUCCCUGAACCCGUAUCAUCCUCACUGGCGGGUACUACACAUGACCUCGACCUUGAGACAGCCUACUACACCACCACAGUCCCCAUAUGGCUCGACUUGAUCACCACCCCGUCCGACUGGGCCGCCACCUUCCUCUCCGACGAGGCAAAAGAGGUGCUUGAGGUCCUGGGCGGCAUGGUCGUCGUCUUUGCGAUUCCACCACCACCACCUCACGCCAAGGACGCCACUUCCUCGGAGGUUGGGAGGGUCGUCAGGGAAGGCCUCGGCGGGUGGGAGUGGGACGGGGUCAGCCUGGCCGUUGGGGUGGGCGAGGUGGCGCAUUUGGAUGAUUUGGACGUCUGGGAUGAGGUCUGUGGGGAUGCCGGGCUGGAGUUUGUACAUCUUCCCUCGUCGUCAUCCUCCUCAUCUUCGGCCUCGUCAGGAGGGGAGGAGAGAAAUGAGUUUGGUGAAAAGGUUGGCAUACCUCGUGUCCUGGAGGCCCUGCAGUCCAACGACUGGGCAUCGGUCCUUACAGAGGAGGGGGAUGAUGUGCUUGGUGCAGGACAAGAUGACCCCCAUGCCGGUGGUGAUGAUGAGGAGAAGGAUGGUGAGGAGCUCGACCUAGAGGACAUGAACUUUGGGUUCGACAGGGAGGACUUCGAGGGCCUGAAGAAGGCGAUAUGGGAAGCCCAGAUGGAGAGAGAAAUAGGGCAGGAGGGCGGCGGCCAGGGCACGACAGCGCAAGACAAGAUUCCGUUUCCUCACGGUGACCACGACAAGGACGAUGACGCCAAGGACACCACCGCCCAAGACUUGAACGGCGACGACGUCGAGAAGGUCGAGCAGAUGAUGCGCAAGCUACAGGCGGUCAGGGACAUGAGCGCAGGCCUACCAGAGGAGCAGAGGAAGAGGAUGGCCGCGAGGGCUGUGGGCGAGGUCAUGAGGGAUCUGUAA